AAGUUCAAACCCUAGACCCGACUUCUUACACCCUCUUCAAUUUCAAUUUCCCAAUCCGUAUACGCCAAAAUUUAUACGGCGCGCGCGUAUAAAUACGUUCUUGGCCGGUUCUUGGACGGAAGGUAGUGUUUUCCGGCGGGCGCCGUACAUUUGGGCGGGUGGGAUUCAUGUGUCGACCGGCAAUUGAUGGCGGACGUGGCUUUGCGCGGCCGUGACGAACUGAAUUGGACUCCAAUUUGCGAUUUUGUUGGUAAAUUCAUGGGGAAAGCCUCACACUCGCGAGCUCAUUUGAACCCCAACGCCAAUUCGAAUCCCAAGAAGAAACAGAAACACUUGCAGCGGCCAGUUAACGGUUCCACCCACAAUGAUGACGCCUAUUCGUUCAAUCAGCCGCCUAAGGGAUCGAAUGGGGUCCGUCUUGGUGGGAGCUAUCUGACUUACAAUAUCCAGUCAUACACGAAAUCGGAGCUCGUUGAGGUUCGGAUGAGACUGAUGGCGGAGCUUGAGCAGGUCCGGAACCUCAGAGAUCGGAUUGAGUCGGGUCAAUUCAGCACCUGCACUACCAAUCCAAGAACUCAAGGGAAGUCUCAGAAAUUUUCUGGGAAUAGAGAGUUAUCAAAUGGUUAUAGUGAUAUGAAUGUAGGUGUCAUUCGUGGUGGCAUAGGUGUAGUUGAGAUGGAGAAUAUGAUGAAGACUUGUAGGCAAAUAUUAGCAAAGCUAAUGAAGCAUAAACAUUGCUGGGUUUUUAGCUCUCCAGUAGAUGCAGAAGGGCUGGGUCUUCCUGAUUAUCGCCAGAUUAUUAAGAGGCCAAUGGAUUUAGGGACUGUGAAAUCCAAUUUGCAAAAAAAUCUUUAUCCAACUCCAGUUGAAUUUGCUGCUGAUGUGAGGCUCACUUUUAAUAAUGCCUUGCUGUACAACCCGAAAACAGAUGAUGUUCAUGGAUGGGGUGACCUUCUUCUAACUAGAUUUGAGGAGUUAUUCAGACCUAUAGAAGACAAGCUUUCCAAAUUUGAGCCUGAAAGAAGGGUAUUUCCGGGCAAUGACGAGCUCCAUAGCAGCUUUUUGAAUCACAUUUCAGUGCCUGAGAUUUCUAAGAAGCCAUAUGCUACUCCAAUUCCUCAGGUUUUUAAGAAGCAAGAGAUCUCACAAAGUCAAACCAGUGCUUCAACACAUUCAGUUCCACCUCCUCAUGUCCACCAGGAAUCCCAUGGGAUGCCUGUUCCAGAGAGUGGGUCAAUGGGAAAACAACCCAAGCCAAGGGCUAAAGAUCUAAACAACAAGAGGGAGAUGACUAUGGAUGAAAAACAUAAACUUGGAUUUGGGUUGCAGAAUCUACCUGAAGAGAGGAUGCCACAGUUGUUGCAAAUUAUAAGAAAGAGAAAUGAGCAUAUGGCUCAAGAUGGUGAUGAAAUUGAGCUGGACAUUGAGGCUCUGGACACAGAGACACUCUGGGAGCUUGAUCGCUUUGUAACCAAUUGUAAAAAGGCAGAGAGCAAGACAAAAAGACAAGCUUUGGGUGAUUAUAAUUCAACCCAGAAUACAUCCAAUGCUGAGACUGAUCAGGCUAAUUUGGUGGGUAAGCUUGAUUCAGUGGAGAACCCUAGAGUGGUUGAAUUUGGGGAAGAAGAUAUUGAUAUAGGUGAUGAUAUACCUGCAUCCAGCUUUGCCCCUGUUGAAAUUGAGAAGGAAGAUGUGGUUGCUGUCCGGGAGCAUGACAACCAAAGUAGUAGCUCUUCCAGUGAUUCAUCGUCAUCUAGUGGUUCUGAUUCAGGAAGUUCUUCAAGUAGUGAUUCUGAUCCCGAUGAUGCACAGUCUUGACUCUUCUACUCUGAUUAGUCUUGUAUAUGCAGCUUGAGCAUUGUGUUUGCUUCACUAUGUUGUUCCUUCACUAAGUAUGUGUUAUCCAACAAGGAGUGAACUUUUCUCCAGGAGAUGGAAGUGAGAAAACCCAAUGCUUUGAUUGGCCUUUACUGAGUUGAAGAACUUUGCAGUGCAGCUGGAGUGUGAAACAAAUGUAUGGUUGGAGUAAAGCUCUAUUGUAUACUGAGAAGGAGUUUGUUGG